AUGGCUGAUCUUGCCUCUAGCCUCGCCAGUAGUCUCUUGAAGAAAUUAGGCUCUUUGGUUUAUCAGGAGCUCUACUUGGCAUGGGGUGUCCAGAGCGACCUGCAUAAACUUGAGAGCACGAUUUCUAUCCUUAAGAUCGUGCUCUUGGAUGCUGAAGACAAGCAAGCAAACAACCCCAUGCUGAGCAUCUGGCUUGGACGGCUUAAAAAUAUGUUAUAUGUCGCAGAGGAUGUGGUAGAUGAACUUAAGUACGAAGCUUUAAGGAAGCAAGCGAUUACGACAUAUGGAAGCACUAUGGCAAAGGUAUGCCAUUUCUUUUGUUCAUUCAUGGCACUUUCAUCCCGUUUAAAAUUGGCUCACAAAAUCAAGGACAUUAGGGAGAGGUUAGAUGAGAUUAAUGCUGAUAAGGUUCAGUUUAAUCUCACUGAGCGGCAUGAAGAGGUGCAUGUCAAUCCCCUGUGGAGGGAGAAGACCCAUUCCUUUAUUGAUCCUUCAACAGUAUUCGGUAGGGAUGGUGACAAAGAAGAAAUAAAAAAGAGUUUGAUGCACCCAAAUCCCACUAGAAAUCUUAAUAUAAUUGCCAUAGUUGGAUUAGGAGGUAUGGGAAAGACCACACUUGCCAAGGUUGUUUACAAUGACAAAUCCGUAGUUAAACAUUUUCAGUUGAGAAUGUGGGUUUGUGUACCUGAGAAUUUUAAUGUUACAAGAUUGGUGAAAGACAUCCUUAAAUCUGCUGGUGGUAGAGUUGAUAAGAAUUCAAGUAAUGAAGAUACAUUGCAGACUAGUUUGAGAGAACUUUUAAAGGAUAAAAGGUUUCUACUAGUUUUAGAUGAUGUCUGGAAUGAAAAUAGAAAUAAAUGGACUGAACUGAGAGAUUUGCUUAAUGGAGGGUCGCAUGGAAGUGUCAUUGUUGUAACGACACGUAGUCACAGGGUUUCUUCCGUUUUAGACCCUGUUUAUACACAUUCUGUAGAAGGUCUAUCAAAAGAAGAAAGUUUGUCUUUGUUUGUGAAAUGUGCAUUCAAGGAAGGAGAAGACAAACUAUAUCCAAAUCUCUUGCCAAUUGCAGAUGAAAUAGUGAAAAAGUGUAAAGGGGUUCCACUGGCCCUGAAGAGUUUAGGUGGUCUACUUUAUUCGAAAGUCGAUGAAAGCGAGUGGGAAUUGGUGAGAGGUAACGAGAUUUGGGAAUUGUAA